GCGGAACCCGCUGGGAAAGGCGGAACCGGGAAAGGCGGAACCGGGAUUGGAGCCCGGCGUAAGGAGGAGCCGCUCUCCGGGGCCGAGCAUCCCCCCCCACCCCGGGUUCCUUUUUGACUGGCAGGGAUGGGGCAGAGCCCCCUCAAACCACGUUGAUCCCGGGGACCAGCCCAUCCUCGCUGUGCCUGGAGCGAUGCAGCCGGUUGCAGCAUCGUUCCAGAGCCCCCAGAGGAGCUGGGGACAAGGAGAGGCUGGUGGGAGCCAGGGCUGUGUGUGGACAAGGGUCCACUGGGGUCCUCACCCACCAGCAUCUCCAGGCAUUGGCUCUCCUGGAGCUGGUGUGAGGGUCCCAUUGGGGACCCAUCCCUGUUGUAGAACAGGUUGGUGAGAGCCUCUUCUCCUUAGCUCUAAUGAGCUGCAUCCUCCUGGGCUGGAAGAUGGGGAGGAGGAGGAGAGGGCACAACAUCAGCCCUGAUCCCCUGCACCAGGGAGUUGUGGGGCAGCCCUCGGGGCUCUGUGGGUGCCCGGCGACCAUCUCCUGUGGUAUCUGGGCGCCGCAGGCAGCUGUGAGCUGUGAUAGGGCUCUAUCAGCGUCAGGACGAGUCCUCCUGGCCCAGGGUGCGGGUGGCUCCGAACGGUGUCGCCGGGGGGCGAGGGAUGGGGUGCUGGGGGGUGCCUGUCCCCAGUCCUCGCCUCCCCUCUGCCUUGCAGCGUCUCUGCCCUUCGUCAUCCUGACGCUGGUGAACUCCCCGUACAAACGGGGCUUCUACUGCAACGAUGACUCCAUCCGCUACCCCUACAAGGCGGACACCAUCACCCACGGCCUCAUGGCCGGGGUCACCAUCACCUGCACCGUUGUCAUCCUCUCAUCAGGGGAGGCGUACCUGGUCUACACGGAGCGCCUUUACUCCAAGUCGGAGUACAACAACUACCUGGCCGCCCUCUACAAGGUAGUGGGGACCUUCCUCUUUGGAGGGGCCAUCAGCCAGUCCCUCACUGACCUGGCCAAAUACAUGAUCGGGCGCCUCCGGCCCAACUUCCUGGCUGUCUGCAAUCCCGACUGGUCCAAGGUGAACUGCUCCAUCUACGUGCAGCUGGAAAACGUCUGCCAAGGGGAGAGCAGGAACGUCACCGAGUCCAGACUCUCCUUCUACUCUGGGCACUCCUCCUUUGGGAUGUACUGCAUGAUGUUCCUGGCGCUCUAUGUGCAAGCCCGGCUGGUGGGGAAGUGGGCCCGGCUGCUGCGUCCCACCAUCCAGUUCUUCCUCAUCGCCUUCGCCAUCUUCGUGGGCUACACCAGGGUGUCCGACUACAAGCACCACUGGAGCGACGUGCUGGUGGGGCUGCUCCAAGGGGCUCUCAUUGCCGUCCUCAUCGUCCGCUACGUCUCCGACUUCUUCAAGCACCGUCCCCCUCUGCCGUGCGAUGGGAAGGACCCGGAGCGCAAACCCAGCCUCCCGCUCACCAUGAGCGACCCCGACCACAAUCACUACAGCUACCGGGGCACCCCGUGAGCUGUGCUCCGCACCAGGCUCCCUAUGGAACACUGGCUCCCUAUGGAACACUGGCUCCACGGCUCCGGUGCCGCUCGCUGCCGCAGGUACCUGCUCAUCCCCACUCCUGAUGCUCUCCACGCCCGUGGUGCCUUUGUGCUGGCCGGUGCCCGGUGAUCCCAGCAUCCUGCCCGCAGGAAGGGAGCUCCUUGGUUCUCUGUGGGUCUUGAGUCACCCUCCAAGGCUGCCAUCCCGGUUUUCCAUGCACGGGGAGGGGAAGGGAGGCACGUGGGGUGGAUUUAUCAGGCUGGCAAAUGACACUGAGCGAUGAGCAAACUCCUUGGGAAGCCCGAGGUUGCCUGGGCUGGAGCGUGUGUUAUCCCUGUCAGAUGAUCCAGCUUUAUGAGCACAAGGAGGGUGGCUGCUGGGCCAGCAAGGAUUAAAGCAAUCCAGACCCUUCUCUGUUCCCUGAUUCCCUUGGAAAGCAGCGCUGGCUUCCAGCGUGAGCACAGGGAGCACGGGAAGGGCUCUUCCCACUUCCUGAUGCUGGGAGCGAGGGAUUCUUGCACCCACCGUGCUUGGGGAUGCUCCGGCCUUUGUCUCUCCUGCAGCUUCAGCUGAUGCUUUAGGGGGUAGGGGGAAAGGGAGAAGCUUUCUGUGGUGAAGGAAAACCAAUGGGGAUGUGGAGCUGGAUGUGGGAUUCCGAACACCUUGGGAAGGUGGGGAAUAGGCCUCGGAGCGGGUCCCAGCGCAGCUCUGGAACCUCUUCCUCAAUUCCACACGUUUUCACGAAUGUGUUUUUAUACAUAAGUGUGUUUUCUAAAUGAGAUCAUCCUUAAAGAA